UGAAGAUGAAGCUAAAUGUUAAGAAGAAAGCUUUCCUAACGGAGCAAGUCAGUGUAUUGAUAUUAAGCGAGACUCCUCAGAAGUUUGGAGAUCUCAGCUCUCCCAACAUUUCCAUUAUGAUCGGUGAGUCACACAUUGGGAGAACUUUACUUGAUUUGAGGAGUAUUGUGAACUUACUACCAUUCUCAGUGUAUGAGCAGUUGGGAUUAGGUGAGCAGAAAAAGACAUCCAUCAUGCUACAAUUGGCUGACAGAUCAGUUAAGGAGCCGAGACGUAUUAUAGAGGAUGUGUUGGUCCAGAUUCUUCUUUACCACUUGAAGUACAAUUUGCAAGUGCAAGAUGGAAACCCUAGUUUGAAACUCUACGACCACCAGACAUACUUAAAUCCUCAGAGGAAGAAGUUCCCCACUUGGAACUGAAACCACUUCCUCAAGUUUUAAAGUAUAUGUUUCUUGAUCAUAAAGAAGGCACUUUUCCUGUGGUGAUUUCCUUAAAGUUAAAUCAGAAGGAUAAAGCCCAGUUGAUUGAAAUCUUAAAAAAACAUCGAGGCGCAAUUGGUUGGACAAUAGCCGACAUCAAAGGUAUUGAUGCUGCUAUUUGUAUCCACAGAAUCCACCUUGAAGAUGAUGCUAAACGGUUCGUGAUGCUCAACGUAGGCUCAAUCCUACCAUGAAGGAAAUUAUUAAAGAGGAAGUGCUUAAGCUGCUCACAGUGGGUAUCAUUUACCCCAUCUUAGACAAUAAGUGGGUAAGUCCAACUC